GAGACAUAACAGAGACUCUUUGCUUUUCUGCAAUUCCAUUUUUUCUUUGUUCUAUAUCAUUUCCUGCUCCAUCAAUAAGCGAACAGAAAGAGGCAGAAACACUACCGUUAUACGAGCAAGAGAUAUGGCAUGCGCAUUGAAGGCUACUUUUGCAAGAUUUAAACCCCAUCUAAGCAUGGUUCUAGCCCAGAUCUGUUCAGCGUUUUUGUUUUUCAUUACAGAAGCUGCCUUCAAUCAAGGGCUAAAUCCAUAUGUCUAUGUCACUUAUCGACUUAGCCUAGCUGGUUUGCUGAUGUUUCCUUUUGCCUAUUUUCUUGAAAGAAAAUCGAGGCCAAAGCUGACAUUACGAUUGUUUUUGGAGUUGUUUUCGGUUUCUCUCUUAGGGAUUGCUUUAAGCUUUAACAUGUUGUUUGCAAGUAUGAGAUGCACUUCUCCAACAUUCGUUACAGCAGCGUCCAACAAUGUUCCGUCUUUGACUUUUGUAAUUGCCAUCUUGUUCAGGCUGGAGGUUGUUGAUGUAAAGAGCCCUCGUGGGAUAGCUAAAAUACUUGGAACCUUAAUAUCCUUGGCAGGGGUCACGACCAUCACUUUGUACAAAGGACCUGCACUACAAAGCUUGCGGGAUGCUCCAAUUCAUAUUAAAAGGGUACUUUCUAUUCGUGAGAACUGGGUGAAAGGGUCAAUCCUUACUAUUGCUAGCUGCAUGACAUGGUCUUCAUGGUACAUUAUGCAGGCAUUUGCUUUGAAGAAAUAUCCGGCACAACUGUCUCUAACAGCAUGGAUAGACUGUCUCGGGGGAGCACAAUCUGCUGUCUUUGCAGUGUUCUUACAGCACAAACCGGCAGCAUGGUCGAUCACUAUGUUCAGUAUCAAUUUCUGGGCCAUUAUAUAUUCUGGAAUUGUUGGCACCGGGUUCAUCGUCUUCCUUCAGUUGUGGUGCGUGAAGGAGAAAGGGCCAGUUUUUGCAACCGUGUUUAAUCCUCUUCAAACAGUUACGGUGGCAGUUCUAGCAUACUUUGUUUUCGGUGAGAAACUACAUACAGGCAGUGUACUGGGUGGAGUCACGGUUAUCAUUGGUUUAUACUUGCUAUUGUGGGGCAAGGAAAGAGAUCAGUGUUACACCAAGAGCCAAAAGCAAUCUUCUUCGCAUUGUGAUGUUAUAAAGGUCACAGACGAGGAGGAGGUAGCUUCAGCAGAAAAGGAGGGAGCAUGAAGGAGACUUAUAGAGAAAAGAUCAAAAUGCCAUAGAAAAAAGAC